AUGUCUAAAAAGCAAAACACAAAAGAUCCAUCUGGCUUCAUUUUUGAUGUGCAGUCCAACACUGUGAUGGCCCAAGGAGGAACCUUUGAAAACAUGAAGGAAAAGAUCAGUGCUGUGAGGGCCAUCGUCCCCAACAGGAGCAACAAUGAGAUUGUCCUGGUCCUGCAGCACUUUGACAACUGUGUGGACAAAACUGUGCAGGCCUUUAUGGAAGGCAAUGCCAGUGAAGUGCUGAAGGAAUGGACUGUGACAGGCAAGAAAAAGAACAAGAAGAAGAAAACCAAACCCAAACCACAAGCUGGGCCCAGCCCUGGGCUCCCAGGGCAAGGGAAAUUGGUGCCCACUGAAGAGGAGCAGCAGGAGAAAGGUGGGAUCAACGGUUUCCAUGUCAACGGCUGCGCCCACGACACCGAGUCCGUGGAGUCGCUCAGCGAAGCUCUGGAUGCUCUUUCCAUUGAUGCCAGAGAGCUGGAGGAGGGCGAGCCCGGGGCCCCAGACAUGCCUGAGAGAGCAGCAGUGCCUGACCUAGGGAAUGGAAUAGCAGGCUUUGACACACAAUCGCUCACCCUGCAUCCUUCCCAGAGCUCCCAGUCCCUCCGGCAGCGCCCUGAUUCCAGGAGCACCACCAGGUCCCUGUCCCGACCCGCAGCCUCCGCCUCCAUUCCCGCCUCCCUCUCCGUCUCCCGCCUGGAAGACGUUCCCGUCUCACCCGCCACCAAGAAGCUGGGUUCUAACAUUGAGAAGUCAGUGAAGGAUCUUCAGCGCUGCACCGUGUCGCUGGCGCGGUACCGGGUGGUGGUCAAGGAGGAGAUGGACACGUCCAUCAAGAAGAUGAAGCAGGUCUUUGCUGAGCUGCAGAGCAGCCUCAUGGAUCGGGAAGUGGCGUUGCUGGCUGAGAUGGACAAAGUGAAGGCAGAAGCAAUGGAAAUCCUGCUGGGCCGGCAGAGGAAGGCAGAGGCCCUGAAGAAGCUGACAGACGUGGCCGUGAGGAUGUCGGAGGAGCAGCUGGUGGAGCUGAGAGCUGACAUCAAGCACUUUGUGAGCGAGCGCAAGUACGACGAGGAGCUGGGCCGGGUCGCCCGCUUCUCCUGCGACCUGGACGCCCUCAAGAGGAGCAUCGCUGCCUUCGGCCAAGUUUCCCACCCCAAGAACAGCUACUCAGAGACCCCCACCCCCUGUGCCUCCACCCCCAGCCUUACCAUGGCCAGCAAGAAGCCCCCAGCCUCGGGGGAGGCCACGGGGAGCCCCCGCCCACCCCAGCCUUCCAGAGAGUCCAUCGGCACAGACCCCCGGGGGCUCCCCCCGAGGAAGCCCAGAGCCAGUCGGCAGGAGGGAGCGAAUUCCUGA